AUGCGGGCCGACGAGACUGCCGUCUUGCCAGGCUCCACGAUGAGUGCAUCCCCAGGUUUGAGCCAAAGCGCUGGGACCGGCACUAUGACCGGCAGCGCAGCGAUGGGACAGGCAGAAGUGCAGCAGGUUCGACAGGUACAGAUGCAUGCAAGCUAUCAGCCUCAAUCUCAGCCACAGCAGCUAGAUUCGGUGGCUCAGGUCCAAGCUCUGGUCCAGGCCCAGGCUCAAGCUCAGGCAGAGACACAACCGCCGCGACGACGUGCGGGUGUGGCCUGCCGGCGCUGCCGCCGACAACGGACAAAGUGUCUGCAUCAGCAAGGUCAGGCGCCCUGCGACUCGUGUGCGGCCGCUGGAGCAGCUGUGGCGGCGACGUGCAGCUUUCCCACGCGUGGCGAGAAGGACACGGACCGACUAUUCCGGCGGCGCAACAACGGCCAGCUGAUCGGCCAGGACGGCCUCGUCAGCCGGCUAUCGUCGAGCCCUCCGGACCGCAUGUCGACUGCAUCGCCACGGCCACCGCCAUCGCCACCGCAGUCGUCCUGCACGAGCACGACGUCAGCAGCCAUCAUCACUACCGCCACGGCCAGCACGACCGCGCCCUCCUUCCCGCCACAUGACGAGAUCGUCGAGGGCUGCAAGGUCUUCAUGUCGUCGUACUUCCAGCUCGGCUUCCUGCCCAAGGCCGUCUUUCUCGAGCGACUGCACCGCCACCCCGAGACGGCCAGCCGGUUCCUGCUGGCCAGUAUGCUGACCAUCUCGUCGCGCUUCACGCCGGUGCUGGUGCGGCGCUACGGCUCGCCCGCGGCCACGACCGAGUUCUUCUUGGCGACCGCCCGUGACAUGGCCGCCGCUCACGACAACAUGUACCGGCCGUCGCUCGAGCGGACGCAGGCGUUCUUCCUGCUGGCCAUUGCCGAGUGGGGCAACGGCGACCGUGACCGCAGCUCCGUGCACAUGGGCGUGGCCGUGCGCAUGGCCGCACUGCUCAAGCUGCACCGCGAAGAGGCCUACGUGCUGCCGCCGACCGCAUCGUCAGACCAGAUCGUGCGCGCCGAGUCGGCCCGCCGCACCUUUUGGAUGAUCAUGAGCCAGGAGAACCUGCACGCCGGCCACAUGACGCCGGCCCCGUUCGCGCGCGAGGACAUCUCAGCCUGCCUUCCGUGCGACGAGGCCGACUUUGCCUUUGGCAUCCUGCCGUCGGCCGCUACCCACAACGAGCGCGCCGCUCUAGCUGGCACCUUGCCAGCUCUGCGUCGUCCCGAGCUGGCUUCGCUGCCGAACCGCUGCCUCUUUGCCACCCUGAUCCAGGCCCACGAUCUAUGGGGCCGCGUGGCGCGCUGCACCGCCAGCGAGCCGUGUCCGUGGGAGCCCGACAGCAGCUUCCGCGAUCUCACCGAGGCCCUGCGCCUCUGGGAAGACGCCAUCCCGGCUCGCCAUCGCUGGAGCGUCUGGAAUUUGCGCGGCUGGUGCGCCGAGUCCCUGCACCUCGCCUACCUCUCCGUCGUCAUGGUCGUCCGACUCGGCAACAUCGUCAUUCGCCGCAUCUACCUCGAGCGCAUCAUCAAGGCCCUCGAUGCUGACGACGACGACAGCAACAGCGACAGGACCGCCUCUGCCUUCUGGCAGACCGUCUCUUACGACCUCUUUGCCAACGUGCUCGAGCUGCACGAGCAGGUCGACGCCUACGCCCGCAUGCGCAUGCGUGACGAGGGCUUUCCCGCCAUCCUCGUCUUCUGCGCCUACAUGUGCGGCUCCCUGACGUCCUACCUCGGCCGUCACCCCCGUCUCUGUCCGCACAUCUCGCCUGCCGAGGCCCAGGACAUGUCGCGUGGUGCUAUCAAGGUCCUCAGCGAGCUGCAGCCGGCCUGGCCGACAAGCGCCAAGUGGCACCAGGGCCUACAGCAGGCCUCUCAUGCUGACGCUGCUGCUGCUGCCGCUGCUGCUGUCGUCUUGGAAGCCCCUCCACCUUCUCCUGCAGCCGCGGCCACACGAACGAACUACGCUGGCGAGACGUCUACGUGCAUUGCCACGAUGCACGACGAAGGCGCCGCCCUCGAGAGACACCCCUUUUCUGUCUCUGUCGUGCAGGCACCUACGCCUCUGCCUCCGCGGCCAUGGGAUGGCAACACCCCACGCGAGCGCAACGGUGGCUUUGAGAUUGUGCCCGGCAGCUUCUCCUUGGCUGACAACGUCAACAGCUCCUACGCCAUCUUCCCACCGCUCGACCCCUUCCUCGACGAUCAUUUCAGCGCCGAAGUGACCGCCUUUCUUGGUGGCGACUUCCAAUACGGUCUGCUGGACAUGUGCCGUCUCCGCACCUCACACACGCAACCGACGCAGACGAGAUCGACCAUGGCCGCCAUCACGCACGAGGAGUCUGCCUCAUAUGCGGCGUCGGGCUACGGUGGCCGCAUGGGCUGGGGCGCACGCCCGGCCCUGGUGCUGAUCGACAUGUGCAAGGCGUACUGGACGGCGGGCUCGCCGCUGGACCUGUCGGCCUUUGCCGAGGCCGUGGCCGUGCCGGAGAGCGCGGCGCACCUGGUGGCGGCGGCGCGGGCAGGCGGUGUGCCGGUGCUCUGGACGGCGGUCGAGUACACGGACGCCGACAUGGCUGAUGCCGGACUCUUCUGGCACAAGGCCAAGACGCUGGCCGUCUGGCAGGUCGGCGGCGCGCUACAUCGCCGUGGCCUCGCCGACUGGGUCAGUCCGGACCUCACGCCGGGGCCCCGUGACGUCGUGGUCAAGAAAAAGUACCCCAGCGGCUUCUUCGGCACCACGCUGGCGACCGAGCUGCAGUGCCGCAACGUCGACACGGUCGUGCUUUGCGGCGUCAGCACCAGCGGCUGCGUGCGCGCAACCACGCUCGACGCCAUGCAGUAUGGCUUCCGUCCAAUGGUCGUUGCAUCGGCAUGUGGAGACCGCAGCAAAGCCAUCCAGGAGGCCAACCUGUUCGACUUGGACUCCAAGUACGCCGAUGUCGUCACCGAGGAGGACGCUGUAGCUCAUCUGAAGGCAGGGUGGAAGGAGUAG